UAAAUAGACUUAAAGACUGGAUCAAACCGAUUUGCUGGUUAUUAAAAUGAAAGUGCGUGCGGGGGUGGGGGGGAAGAGUGGAGGAUAGAGCGGACGAGGGAGAGACACGGAGAGAAGUGAGAAAGUGCGUGGGGAAGUGGAUGAGCAGGCUGCCGGCAGAUGAUUGAGGAGACUGGAAGGGCACAGAGGGUAUUGAGUGAGGUGCGGGCAGAGAAUGGAGUGGUGCAGGGUGCAGAUGACAGCAGUGUCGAGGAGUGGGGUGUGAAGGAAGCAUCAUUCGGCGUCAUUGAAAGUGCCCAGUCUUUCAGUACAUUCCCUGCAGCCGUUGACUGAGCACACUGACCCAGCAAAAGCCGAGUGAGCAGCUGAUCUAGAGACUGGUGGCGACACCCUGGGUACGAAGCUGUAUUGAGAGAAAAGAGAGGGGAGAGUGAGAGCAGUCAACAUGAGAAUAUUUCAGUUCUCUGCCACUUUCAUCCUGUCCAUCAGCCUGACUAUCCUCCAGCUCGCCCAAGGGGAAAUAUGUGGACCCAACCCGUGUGAGAAUGGAGGCAUUUGCAUGAGGGGGUUGGCAGAUGAACCUUUUUCAUGUGAGUGUCCCAAUGGAUUCACAGGUCCCAACUGUUCUAGUAUUGUGGAGGUUGCUGCAGAUGGAGAAGAGUCAACUACAGCAGGAGCUUGCCAACCCAACCCAUGUCAUAAUGGUGGGAUUUGUGAAGUGAGUGAUAAUUACCGGGGUGAUACAUUUGUCGGAUACAUCUGCAAGUGUCCUGAUGGAUUCAGUGGAAUUCAUUGUCAGCAUAAUAUAAAUGAAUGUGAGUUUGAGCCCUGUAGAAAUGGUGGUAUUUGUACUGACCUCAUUGCAAACUAUUCCUGCGAGUGUCCAGGAGAAUUCAUGGGCAGAAACUGCCAAUACAAGUGUUCAGGCCCUCUCGGGAUGGAGGGGGGUAUUGUAUCGAAUCAGCAGAUUUCUGCAUCAUCCACACACCGAGCUCUGUUUGGCCUGCAGAAGUGGUACCCAUACUAUGCCAGACUGAAUAGAAAAGGCCUUGUAAAUGCCUGGACAGCUGCAGAGAAUGACAGAUGGCCAUGGAUUCAGAUUAACCUGCAACGCACCAUGAGAAUCACAGGAUUGAUUAGCCAAGGUGCUAAAAGAUUUGGCAGCCCAGAAUAUGUGAAAUCGUACAAGAUUGCUUAUAGUGGUGAUGGCAAAACCUGGGCGACUUACAAAGUAAAAGGCACCUAUGAGGACAAGGUCUUCCGUGGAAAUGUCGACAACAACACUCCACAUGCAAAUUCUUUUAAUCCACCUAUAGAGGCCCAGUACAUAAGACUGUAUCCUCAAGUCUGCAGGAGACACUGUACAUUGAGGAUGGAGUUGCUUGGCUGUGAAAUGUCAGGCUGCUCAGAGCCUCUGGGGAUGAAGUCAGGACAAAUCCAGGAUUAUCAGAUUACGGCUUCCAACAUCUUUCGGACCCUAAACAUGGAUAUGUUUACGUGGGAACCUAGUAAAGCCCGUCUGGAUAAACAAGGGAAGAUUAAUGCUUGGACAUCAGGCCGCAGUGAUCAGUCACAGUGGCUACAGAUUGAUCUGCUUGUUCCGACUAAGGUGACUGGUAUAAUCACCCAGGGUGCAAAAGAUUUUGGACACAUACAGUUUGUGGGUUCAUACAAAGUUGCCUACAGUAAUGACGGAAGGACCUGGUAUAUUUAUAAAGACAUAAAACAACAAAAGGAUAAGGUUUUCCAAGGUAAUUUCGACAAUGACACACACAGAAAAAAUGUAAUAGAUCCUCCUAUUUACGCACGAUAUAUUAGGAUCUUGCCCUGGUCAUGGUAUGGCAGAAUCACACUGCGGAUGGAGUUACUGGGAUGCACCGAAGAGUGAUGAAUACUGGCUAUUUUCAAGAAAGUUGUCCUUAGAAUAUCUCGACAAAAACUGCACAAACCUGUAAGAUAUCAAAGGGUUUUCAUGAACUAGUGUUCAGUUUGUGAUCGGCAUGAAUCAAGAUAUCUGGUCAAGGCCUGCCCUUUAUCAAAUUUUCAAAUGGUGAUUUUUCUUCCUUAAAAGUUUAUUUUCAUGUGCUUUGUUAAUUUAUACAUAAUGAAAAAAAUCUUUUUAUAAUUGCAAACUUUUCGUCCUUUCCCCGCCUCCAGCAAAAUUGAUUGAUAUGCAUAGGACUAAAAUCUCUCAUCAUUAUUGUAGGUGCCAUUAUUGUAUCCUAUUUAUUGUAAGCAUUUAUUUCUCUUUGGCUCCUGACAGUGAUAGACUUUUCAAUCAUUCAGUUUCCGUUCCUCUUUAUUAAUACAAUGUACCAGACAAUGAAACAAUUGAGCACUGAUAAAGUUUUCAUUCCACAAAUUAUGCAUGUCCCACAUUGUAAGAGGCAAUGACCGUCUCUAGGUGCCAUUCUUCCACAUGCAUGAAAUUAUACUUAAAAACCUUCCUACUUGCAAACUUGAUGAUGCAAGUGUAUGUGCAUUGGACAUAUAAUUAAAAUAUUAAAGGAGAAAACCAAGACAGUUUGUGACCCUAAAGAUAGAAGAACAAUAAAUUCAUGAAUACACAAGAUAAUAAAUGCUAAUGUGUGGGUAUGCAUCAGCCACCUUUUGUUUGGAGUGCAUGCCAGGUUUCCAAAGUCAAUCAUUAUUGUACUGCAUGUUGGCAUUUUCAAAUAAAGUAAUUCUGUUGAAAGUUUUUUUUUAAUCAAAAGAGAGGCAAUUAUUGUCUAGGAGAUUAAUUUAAAGGGAAAAAAAAGAUGUGUGGAUUUAAGAUUGAGUGAGCUAAUAUAAUGAGCUGUCUGUUCAAUCUUAAUAUAUUCAGUUAUGUUCUGAUUUGAAUAAAUGUAAAAUGACCUUUGUAUAUCAAUGAACAUACUACAUGAUGUCAUUGUAAGUCACUCAGUUUGAGUCAUUCGUUAUAUAGUAGCUUGAUGCAUACAGAUGGUAUUGUCCUACUGUUAAUUUUUGCAAUACAGCAAAUUAAAUUAUAACAAAGUCAUACAAAAUUCACACCUAUGUAAUGUGAUUCAGAUGCUGUUGUUUGACACUUUCAGAAUUAUUCACGUACUGAAAUAGUUCAGUUAUUGUGUUGGUUUAGUUUAAUUAUCAUAUCUGUUUUUAAAAGCACUUAUUACAGUCAAUAUAGUAUAAAAACACUAAACUUAUAAAAUAGUCAGUGUGUAUGAGUGGUAAGCAUCUGUUUAAUGAUAAAGGAAAAGGACCAUGUAGUGCACUGAAGCAUUAUUGACUGGGAUCCCUAAAUUAUUUGCGACUUGAAUAUUGGUGUUUAUAUUGUGUAUCUAACAUUAAUGAGCAUUUUAAAUAAGUACCAUUUUACUGUAAGAUAACAACUAAACCAUGUGUUUGGCAGUUCUGUUAGUUGUUGCCUCUGUCUAUGAAGCUAGGCUUUCACAUGUGGCGCUGUCAUGUAUAGCUUUCAUAUUUUUUUAGGCACAGGACUGUAACAAAGCUUGCAAAAAUAUCUGAUUGAAUGUUCCAGUCAAUUGCAUCUCUUUUAAUGCCCCGCAAUAGUAAUUUCCACCUUGUUCCUGGAUAAAAUGGCACAAACUUCAGAGCUUUAGUAAUGAGGAUAAGUACCCUAAACCAAACCACAAACUUUAUUACAACUCUGAUGCACACUAUUUAUUUAUCCCUGAUUUGAGAACUAAGGUUGCUGGCUAUUAUAUCACACCAAUCUCACAUUGACUAGGUAUGAUAAAUAUAUAAAUGUUAAACGUUUUGCAAAAUAUUCAUAAUCUGCACAGGUAAUUUAGAAGGUACAACAUUUUAGAAGUUGCAUCCUCAUUGCCAAAAUUUCAUUUGUCUGGUAAUGUUACUGAUAUUUCAGUUUAAUCAUAAUAGCUUUACAAGUCUCUUAAUUUUCACAAGAGCUACUUUAGAUUAGAAUAUUUCCUAUUUUCUGGAAUCUUUCCAGAGCUGCAGUAUCCUUUUUAAUGUGUCUCCAAAGGCUGACGAGUAUUAAAAAUGAUAGUUAUCCAAUAACAGAUCUUGCAGUCGUCUUUUCAAAUUCAAUUCAUAUAAUUGAGUUUUGCUGCUUAGAAUUUUGUUGGAUGCUGAAGAUGGUAAAACUUGUGAACCUUUUAUUCACUGCUUUUAUGGCAAGCUUGAAAAGAAAUGAAGUUACAUACCUUACACAAAAUUGAUUUAUCACCAAGAAGUCGGUCAGUCUGGCAUUUAUAAAGCUAUAUUUACAUAUUUGUCAUGCUGAGAAGGAGGCUAACACAAUCAGCAAGGGAGUUAACACAAUCAAAUUUUAUACGGGAAGUCUGACCUCCCCAGAAAGAAUACACUGCGUUAAGGUUUAAGGCAAUUUUCUUUUUCACUGAUGUGGAUAAUUUUAAAUUGGCUUUAUGAAGGACAACAAAAUAUAUGCUUCAUUUGUAGCUUUUGUAGAACAGCAGAGGAUUUGUGGAGAAAUCAAUUUUGCUACAAGCUAUUCAAAUCACUAGAUUGUUAGCAUGUCUUUGAUUGUACAGCAUUCCUGGCCCUGAGAUGCACUGAGUGAUUUAAGAAUAUAUUGAUAUGUAAAUGAAAUGAAAAGGAAAGUCAACCAUCAAAAUUAUAUUGGGCAUGGAGUCCAUAUGAAUUGAUUAAAUUCAAAUCUAUGGGAUUCAGACUGACAUAGCAUACGAAUGAUAAACUGUCAUUUGUGGUACCUGAUAAAAGGGAAGAUUUUCCCAAUAUACACACUUGCCCAUUACAGCAGCAUCAUGCUGUUUAUAAACAUCAGUUAGCGAAGUAUAACUUCUAAUUAAUAUUAUCACCCAAGCAACAAAUUAGCAAUUUCUUCCUCAGAAACAAGUUGGUAGACAGAUACUACAAAGACAAUGGAAAAUGUAUUAUGCAAUUCAUUCUUAUCCUCCAGAAGCCUACUUUCCCAUGAUUAUGCUCUAAACAAAAUGAAACAGUACUUUCCAAAUCAAGUUCAGAAUUGCAGAUGUGCAUACACAAGAUAGAAUACCGAAUACUGGAUUUAGGGCUGGAUUUUGGCUACCAAGUCUGUUCGCAAUAAUCUGGAAACUUCCCAACUUGCCUCAGCAAACAUACAUGGAAGUGAAGUAUGGGGCAAGGAUAUAGUUUUACAGUCAGGCCCACUGCCUCCAGAUGCAGAUCAUUUGGUGGGCACAAGCAAGGCAAGUCCUGAGCAAGCUGAUUAAAAGGCCCACUUUGGUUCUCUGGACACUGUCCCAGCUGCAUUAGAAGCCUUUUGGCCCUCUAGUCCUCAUUUCUCAAGCAUGGAACCACUAAGAAAAAAAAACAAAUCUUGAGAAAAAUUGUUGUUCUACCAAUCGCAUAAAUGUAAGUCAGACAGAAUCAGUAACUGGCUUCAAGGACUUCACACCUCUUAAUUUUUCCCAACUAAAAACUGAACCAUCGGCAAAAGAGAUUACAGAAUGAACAACUUAUUAUAACCACUUAAAUAUUCAAUGAAAUAAAGUCAAACAUUUCAGUUAUUAAACAUAACCCAACGCUGAGUUAAUGUUUCAGUUAGUCUGGGCUUACAACCAAGGGGUUUGAGUGUUUGAAGACUUUUGAUACUUUAAUAGUCUUUCUGUUUGACACUGUCAUAAGAUUGUCAGAACAGCAAUGUUUUUUUCAAGAUUGGUAUUUUAGGUUCUGAAUCAUAGUGCAGGUCUAGACACCACCUGUAAAGACAGAAACAAAGUUAAUGUUUUGAGUCUGAUAUAAGUUUGAAGAACAGUCAAAUUGGAUGCAAAAUGCUCACUUUAGUUUUGAUUCCACGGAUGUUGCCAGACCUGCUGAGAUUUUCCAGCACUUUUUGUUUGUAUUUCAGAUCUCCAGCAUUCACUGUACUUUCUUUUUUGUUGUAGAAGUCCACAACCCCAUGCAAAUGUUCUGGAGUCAUGUAUUUGAAUCCCAUCAUGGCAGAAGGUGAAAAUCAAGUUUGAUAAAAAUUUGGAGUAAUAAGCUAGCCAGUGGCAACAGUGCAACAGUUGUCUAUAAUUGUAAAAACCAACCUAGUUCACUAACCUCCUUCAGGGAAGGAAAUUUACCAUCCUUAUCUGAUCUGGCCUACAUGCCCGAGUCCAGGCUGAAAGCAAUGAUUCUUAACUGCCAAGUGUGCAAUUAGAAGUGGGCAAUAAAUGUUAGCCUAGCCAGUGACACCAACAUGCUGUGUGCAUUUAUUUAAAAAUACCACCAGUAGGGUGGUGUAUUUAUAAAGAGAAAGUUGCUCACACCUCAUUGAUAAGUGGCAGAAAUCAAUUUUGAAGAUGGUGCUACAGGAAGAGAAGCUCGACUUUUUGUAUUUUUUUUUAAAUGAAUGCACAGAAUGGACAAGUAGAGGCUGGUUCCCUCUGCUGCAGGUGCAGGCCGCUCUCCACAACCGUCAUUCCAACUCCACAAAAAUCUCUGCCAUAGAGUCUUAGGCAAAAAAGUUGUCUUUCAGUCAAUAGUAUCUGUGUCAGCUUUUUAAAAGAGUUAUUUAAUUAUCCUUCUGUCUGGUACUCAUUAACCAUAAUCCAGUACUUUCUUUCUCUUUCAAGUAUAUCCCCAAUUGCUUUUAGAAAUUCACAACUGGAUCUACUUCCACUGUCCUUUCAAAUAGUACAUUUCAUAUGAUAAGAGCUCAAUGCAUAAUUAAAAUGACCAUUUCCCCUGGUAUUAUUAAUUCUCAUAAAUAUUCAACUGCCCUGGGUUGGGAUGACCUCCUUAUCUGUACCAUUGUAAAUCUAUCCUCUGUUCUUCAAUCCACUUGUGAGUGCAAAAUAGACUCUGUCACCUUCAUCACAACCAUACAUAUUGUUGUACUGCUCUUUGAGAAAGAUGGGAAAUUGAUCAAAGUGGGGACAGAGUUUGGUGAUGAGAAAAUGUAUGAAUGCAUCGUUAUGGUGUAUUCUAUGUAAUUUCCAUGACUUCCUGAUUUUCCACUGUAAACCUGGUUGAAGAUUGUUGGGAUCCAAGUAAAUGUUUCUGCCACUUAUGGGCAUUUGAUGAUAGCUCGCGAAAGUUACAUUAGAUGGUUUGGAGAAUUAGGAAUAGAUUUGCUAAACUAGAAGUUAGUUACCUUGGUGUCACUGAUGGAACUGCUACCAAAUCACUUUCCUCAAAAAAGUGAACUAAGACACUAUUCAAACCAAGAAAAGAAAUUUGUGCAGCUCAAAGACAUAUGUCUGUUGUGAGUUAUUUCAGGACAUUUAUCAAUUUACCCAACUUGUGUGUGAAAUAGUUAAAGUAAUCAUUAUUGUUAAAGCUGUUGCCAAAAUGAAUAAUUUUGCAAGUAAUUUAUGCAAAACACUUUUAAAAUAUGUAUUAGCAUUGUGUGAUUUGUCCAAGGGAAAGUACUGAUAUUUGUGUUCAUUUAUAUCUCAUUCCUAUUAGAGAAGUUGACUUUCCAUUGUUGGACAUUACAAUAAGGUCUGAAAUGAGAUUUUGACUUCAAUUAUUUGAUGGGCUUGUUUUAUUCUUGUAUGAAAAUUACUCAUCAAUAUCUUGGAAAAAUGUGGCUUAAGACCAUCUUAAAGUUAAAAAGCAUAUUAAGCUUAAAUGAUGUCAUAGGGGAAAAGUAACCACUGCAAUCUUAGCAACUAUGUAACAUUACUCUUGUUUUGUAUUAGGCUUCAAUUCUGAUGGUUAAUGCAAAAUCCGUACAAGCUUGUAUGUUCUUCAGAUUAACAAUAAAACUUGGAAACAUCUA